AUGAGUGAUAAAAAGUAUAAACAAAGUAAAGCAGACAUUGCUAAGCAAUUCGAUUUACCUGAGCGUCAAUCAAAAAUCACGUCGCUGCUAAAUCAAGCUGGUCAAGCUUAUUGUAUAUGCAGAUCAUCGGAUAGUUCACGAUUUAUGAUAGCAUGUGAUUCAUGUGAAGAGUGGUACCAUGGAGACUGUAUUAACAUAUCUGAGAGAGAAGCAAAGUACAUUAAAAAUUAUUUCUGCGAUCGGUGCCGUGAAGAAGACCCCAGUCUGAAAACAAGAUUUAGACCACAGAAAAGAGAAAAUGAUGGUGAUUCAGGGCGUGAUGACAGGAAGAAGAAACGGAAAGAAAAAGAUUACUCAGAAAAUAAGUCAUCAAAGAGACCAACUAUAAAAGAUGGUUGUGGAGAUUGUUCAGGCUGUUUGCAAGAACAGGAUUGUGGACGUAGUAGCAGAAUAAAGAAGAAGCAUCAUGAAAGGGAAACAUAUGAGCCAGAGGAAUCUAUAUCUCACCUUCAAACUUCUGAACCCAGACAAUGCUAUGGGCCACAGUGCACAAGAGCAGCUCAAUAUGGCUCGAAAUAUUGCUCAACACAAUGUGGCAUGCGACUUGCCACUGCUAGAAUAUACCAGGUGUUGCCGCAGCGCAUCCAGGAGUGGUCGCUGUCCAGCUGCGUGGCGGAGCAGCACAACCGCAAGGCGCUGGAGGUGGUCCGCGGCGGGCUGGCGAAGGCGCAGGCCGCCCUGCGCGCGCUCGACCGCCAGCACGCGGACCUGGACGCGCUGGUGGCGCGCGCCAAGAACGCCACCAUAGUGCACAGCGACGAGAAGGAGGCGGACGACGAGACGUCGAUGUACUGCAUCACGUGCGGCCACGAGAUCCACUCGCGGACAGCGGUCAAGCACAUGGAGAAGUGCUUCAUAAAAUACGAGGCGCAGGCGUCCUUCGGCAGCCGCCAUCGCACCAGGAUCGACGGCCAGAGCAUGUUCUGCGACUACUACAACCCGAUCAACGGCACCUACUGCAAGAGACUGAGGGUGAUGUGCCCCGAGCACUUCAAAGACCCGAAGGUGAGCGACUCGGACGUGUGCGGCUGCCCGCUCGUGAAGGGCGUGUUCGAGCCGACGGGCGAGUUCUGCAGGGCGCCGAAGAAGUCCUGCCUGAGGCACUACCAGUGGGAGAAGCUGCGCCGCGCCGAGAUCGACAUGGAGCGCGUCAGGCAGUGGCUCAGGCUGGACGAGCUGGUCGAGCAGGAGCGGAGCAUACGGCUCGCGAUGGCCUCAAGGGCGGGUGUGUUGGGCCUAAUGCUGCACUCGACCUACAACCACGAGGUGAUGGAGCGGAUCACGAAAGCGAACGAAAACGGUAAACUGAAGGAGGGCUCC